GAGGAGAGAAUAUGCACUUCAUUAUGUAUCUCACUUGGAUGCUACAAACACUUCGAUAACGAUUGAUGCCGAAGGACGUGGAAGAAACCUUGCUGGUUGUUGUUGCAUUGCUUCUUCUGCUGCUGCUUCUGCUUCUGAAAGGAUUUCUUGGUUCCGUCAAGACUCGUAGGGCGAGUAGAAGAAGUCAAGUGACUUCACUUGGACCUCAUCUGAGCCUGCAGCGUUGCAGUAGCCAAGGCGAUGAGCCAGGCUGGAGCUCGAGUGCCAACCUUGAGGCCUUCUAGCAGAUCUCUCUCCGCC